UCAUCUGUGUUCUACAGGUACCUCGGGGCCAGAUGAAGGUGUUUAUACAGCAGGAAUUUAAGGAAGUUCAGAAAGCAAUUGCUGACGAGGAGGAGAAAGCCCUUCAUUUAGUAGACAUCCAGGAAGCAAUGGCCACAGCUCAUGUGGCUGAGAUAUUGGCAGAUGUCCAGUCCCACAUGGAGAGGUUGAUGACCCAGAUGGCCCAAGCCAAGGAACAACUUGAUACCUCUAAUGAAUCAGCUGAGCCAAAGGAAGAGGUGAUGAAGACGGACCCAGCAGUGCCAGUGACACACACGUGAAGGCUCGCAUCCCUGGUGGAAAAGCACCUCUUCCCCACGUGUGUAUGUGAUGGCAUGUCUGAUAGCAUCUGGUGUCUGUGAAAGCUGCCCGGCAACAAAGAACUUCACUGGCUGCGCCCCCAGACCCACCACAGGCACAAGCUCCUCAAGGGAUGGCCCCUCUGGGCUUAUUGACUGUGCUUCUCAUUCCCUUGUGUGGUAGGUGAGGAGACAGCUCCCUUGACCAACCAGGAGUGAUUACGAAGGGUGCCUUGGCACAUUCCCCCAUGGCUACUGUGGGCUUUCUCAGGAAAGCUACCCACUGUAACUGCAGACCCACACAGUACCACUUCAUGAGGAAGGAUCCAGAAUCAUCUUGACGGGUGGUCUGAAGUUGUUUCCCUACCUGGUAGUAGGGAAAAGGUAUGUAAAAAAUGAGGCCAAAAUAGAAUCAAAUCAAUCCAUGUAGCAAGUCUCUAAAAGUCCAGGUAGACAUUUGUGAAAAUGUGAGUUCAUGCAUUCAGAUGGAUGAUUUGAAAAUGGGGUUAGAGAAAGAGUUAAAAGUAAGAAAUAUAUGGAGCUAUUUUUAGUACAUGAGGCUAUCCAGGACGUCAGAUUCAUAAUUCAGUGCAGUGGAAAUGAAAAAAUGAUUGAAGAGGUAGAAAGGAAAUGACCUUAAAAAAAAAGAGAGAGAGGGCCAAAGAGAUCUGAUGAGGAGUUGAAAUCAGUAUUUCUGAACUCAAAUUGCCUGAGUUUCCAAAAUAGUCACUGGAGAAUCUGACAGAACCUGAAUUAUUUGGGUGAAUCCUGCAGGUUUUAUAAGUUUUGUCACAACCUAAAAGACUGGAAUGUCUAUUACCAAAUAGGAAUUUUCAUUGUGGAUUUUUCUCCCCCUUCCCCAGCUUAGCCUCAUGUAGUUUAAGUGCAUUCUGGUCUGUGUGGUGCAGAGUCCAGCUCCCCCUCCAGGCAGAUCGGCCCUGCAUGGACUCUGGGUGAAACCCCUCUAGCCAUGGCACCUCCCCCACCCCCUUCUCCCCUUCCCGCAGACCCCCAGGUGUGGGGGUCCAGGUGACCCCCACAGGUGCCUCUCUCCUCCAGAGCAGCCCGGGCAGACACACCCUUGGGCUGACUUUUGGCUUCUCCCCACUGCCAGAACACAUUUCCUUUCAACCAAGUUUUUACCCCCCGACUAGGCAAUGAUGUGCCGGAAGAACACAAGCCUGCGAACUGAAAAACCUGCAUCUCCUGAGGCAUCAGUUUUACUUAAGUGCUUUGGAGCCAGGGAUGACAUUUUUAUAUAAAACAAACAUAGUUAUGUUAUGAACUAGAUGUUCAUACACAUAAACAGUUAAGAUAAAAUGGGAGACUUCACAGGUAAUUCGUAUUUGCAAAUGGGAUACGUGUUCCUUCUGCUCUGCCUCUAGUGGCGUUUUGGGUUCACUUCUGAGUACAGUGGAACUGCACCCAACAGCCUGGGGGCUGCUGCUCACUAGCUCACUAAGGACCUAGAUUUCUAGUGCUUCUGAGGCCAAAACAAGGGAGCCCACUACCGGGUGAUCCCUCCCCAUCUGCCUACCCGGGAUCUCAGUGCCUAUGCAGAGCAGGGGGCAGCUGAUUGGCGAGCAAGCGCGCAGGAUGAUUCUGAGGCAGAAGCACGCUUGUUGCAGGAGUGCCGUGUGCCAUGAAAUGACUGUUCCUCUGUGGGCAGGAAGCUGCAGGCCCGUCACGCUUCUUGGUUAGGGCUACCCUAGCUCACUAAAUUGCCAGGAUAUUGGGGCUAAGUUUGGACUGGUUUUUUUUUAUUAUUAUUAUUAUUUUCUCUCAAACUGGUGGCCAGCAACUGGUAAAGAUAAUGCUGUUUUGCUAUCUACCUGCAGAAACCAGAGUAUUUUGCAUUCCACUAAUUACAGCUCUAACCAUAUCCAACACAACUACCCUUGAAGGAGGACCAGCUUCUUUAAAAAGUCAAAAAAUCAGAAGAUGAAGUGGAUUUUAGGGUCUGGAGGCUUUGUUAUCUUUCCUCCGAAAUAAUUGUUUAAUCUCCUUAUCUUAGCUGAGGGCAGAUCAGCGGCCCCUGUAUACCCAACUAGGUAUUAUUCCUUUAAAUCAGUAUUUGGGAAACCCAAGCAUUUAUGCGGUGGAUAUGAUUAGAAAUAAAAGAUACAUGCCAGCUUAUCUCCAUAAAUUAUCAUAUCUGUGUAAUCCUCAUGGAAAGCACUUUUGCUUUUACUUGGAAAGGAUUUCAGAUUUGCUUUAUGGGCUCCCGCUGUCUUCAGCACCUGAUGAAACUUUAACCAGGGAAGCAUUAAACACAGCACAGCAGCUCUGCCCAGGCUCUUGAGUUCCUGCUGGCAGCAUUUAUCAACGUGCGAACUAGGAUGCUUCCUGCAGUGGCACCGGCUCCCCUCAAAGCUAGCGCAUGCUGCUUGGCCUGAAGCCCCAACAUGACGAGUCUCCCCGCUCCUGCCAGGCCAGUAAAAGUUGGCAUGUUCAAAAUUGUGUCCUGACUGGCGGCAGGGUUUGCAGAAAUCUCUAGGGAGAAGUCAUCCAGGGAGACAGGUAAUGAAUGUCUCCAGAAUGAAUUAGGUCCUCACAGCAAUUCCUGGCUGCCUUCCAAAUGAUGGGUAUCUGGACACUGAGAGGUGGUUUGUUCUUUGAUUUGAUGUCAUUAAAUUCAGGACACUUCCAAGAAGUGCGUUGAGUCUCGGUCUGACAGCCCAGGAUGGGACAGGAUCUCAACUGGGGUCCAGCUAGGAGCGAGUCUCUGUGUGCUGUAGGCCCCCAUUUCUCGGAUGAAAAAUGAAUUUGUAGUGAAAGAGUCACUCACCUUGUGUUACACAGCUAGGAAAGUAGAACCAGCUCUCCCUAAUUCUGGGGACCAUGGAACACCUAAAAUACAGAAAGAAAUGAAGGCCUCAGCCACCGCCUGCAGUGUGACCGUCCCAGUUUUUCAGCAUGGUAUUUUGUGGCUGUAGUUUGGAUGCAGAAACGGCAUUGAGACAGCCUCAUUCUCCUUCUUUGGUGGGAUCAUUAAGUAAGUUAAUUCCAGCCUGCUCCAGGAGUUAGGGGAACCUUCCCUCUUUCAUGCCAACCCCCAUACAUAAUGUUUCUAGACCUUCGAGAGUGUAGAACUUCUCAGUAAUAGCAAAAGUGAAGGACGUUCUGCUCUCAGACUUUUGAAAAUGCCUGCUGCUGCAGGAAAGGGAUUCAUGGUGCAGUAAACCAGCCACUUCCGUGCUCUUCAGAAUGUGUGGACCCAAGCCCUGGCCCAUCUAGACCCUCCUGCGCGUACCCAACAUGUGUGUGUUUAUUCUUAUUAACAUGCAUGUAUAUGUAGAUACAUACACGCAUACAUCACGGAAUAAUAGAAAUUCAAAGCAGCCCCCCAUCGCAUGGCACGCCAUUUAGCGCCGAGGCUUCUGCCAGCCCUGAUUACAGGCGUCACCAGAUAAUUGGAAUUUAGGUGCUUGCUUUCGAGAUAUUCACAAGAAGAACAACUCCUUAGCCAAGGUUGUCAGCUCCUGACACCCCGAGGAAGCUACGCUCAGCCCAACCCCAGGAUGUCUGAUGACUUGGGAAACUCGGAAACCAAACCUGAGGGCACCGCUGCAGGAUCCACCACCUACAGUAGUGGCAGCACCUAGGAAGUAAGUGCUGCCCACCUAUAAAAUAUUUUCUGCCAUACCUGAAAUGCCACACUUAUAUAAAGAUUGUUCCAUACAAGCUUUUUUGAGAAGAAAGUCAUUUGCAUACUUACUCAAGGCCUCCACAUCCAUAAUUUUCUGUAAUAAAAAAAACCAGGUCUCCUUAUGGGUCUUUCCAGCCCAGCUGUAAGGGAAAAGACCCAUAGGGCAGAUAGAGAUCUCAUUAACAUUGCCUUUGCCCAUCAGUGUCUCUGAAGCCCUCACCCAUUGCAAGAGCCCUAAGCCCUGGCAGUUCCUCCCUCCCGGGGCAGGUAAAACAGGGCCAUUUGGAACUGAAACACACUGGGACCAGCAGAACAGGAUCAGAGCAGGAAAAUGAAAAUAACUGAAGGUACUUGUGGGUAUACUGGCACCAAAAAAAAAGCGACAGAAUCCAUGCUGGGCUUGAUAGGACCUUGAGGGGACAGUAGAUUUAUACUUGACGUGAGUUAAACUUGACCAGUCUCUCUGCAGUAACCGGCUGCACUGCGUGGGUGGGAGAGGACGAAGGAAUCAUGUCCUCUGCCUGUUUUCCCCUGUACGGUCACAUUCCUCCCUUAGUCAUCUUCCCCUUUCACCCUUUACGUUAAACAAGGGAACACUCAAUCUUUCAAGGGAAUUACAUGUUUGAGUUAAUGUUUCAGUAUAUCAUUUUCAUACUGUAAAUUAUUUUGUAAGAAAGAUUUACCGCUACCCCAGGAUGUUUGGACUCAGCGCCCCGGUGCAUUUGGAAAUCAAUAAACUAUUACU